UUUAUAAAUACAUGCCUGAAGUCUUUGGUGAUUGAAAAGUAUGGUGAAGAAACAUGGGAAAAAUUAAGACUGCAGGCCGGAGUCCAGGAUUCUUUCUUGACUUUUGAGGUUUACAAAGACGAGAUCACAAUGCAGCUCGUCGACAGAGCCUGCAAAAUAUUAGGUGUUCCUGCUGACACGGUUCUGAGAGAGUUUGGAGAGUAUUUCUUUGAAUUCUGUAAACGCUCAGGCUAUGACCACAUGCUGAGGACACUGGGUGGAAAUCUCUACGAGUUCAUAGAGAACCUGGAUGCAUUGCACAGCUACCUGUCCCUUUCUUACCAGGAGAUGAAUGCACCGUCUUUUAGAGUAGAAAAGAAUGAAGACGGGUCAAUGCAUUUACAUUACUAUUCAGACAGAAGAGGUCUGUGCCAUAUUGUGCCAGGAAUCAUCGGUGCAGCAGCCCUGGAUUUCUUUAACAUUGAGAUUUCAAUGGAAAUAGUCGAUCAAACAGAAGAAGAAGAAGAAAGAACUGGGAAAAAAGAACAUAUUGUUUUUCUUGUCACUCAAAACCCUGUAUUUUCAUACAAGGAAAGAAAUGCAUUUUCUUCCUCACCUCAAUAUCUUGCUGACUCUGAAAAACAAAUUGAGAACCAACUGAAUAAAGAGGACCUUGAAAAAGCCAAGAAUACAAUUAGAGGCAGAGGAAGCUCUGUUUGUCCUGUCAAGAAAAGUCACUGGAAAACAAUAAGAGGAAUAAUCACAUUAGGAAAAGGUAAGCUCCUGAGAGGAUUUGAUCCUGUUUAUCCCAAGAGCCUCUGGAUCGACACAAAAACAUUUUGCAAUGGACUUCCUUUUCAUAUGGUUUUUGACAAAGAGCUCAGAGUGAAGCAAGCUGGAGUGAGCAUUCAAAAGAUCGUACCUGGCCUUCAGACCACGGGCAUCUGCUUGGAUCACUAUUUCAGUAUCGUUCACCCAGAAGUACCCUUCACCAUCUCUAGCAUUCAGAAAUUCAUCAACAGCCAAUUUGUUUUCCAGACUAGAAGAGAGAUGAUGCCAGAGUCAUGGAAACAACGGCCAAUGCUAGAGCUGAGAGGCCAGAUGAUCUGGAUGGAGUCCCUGCAGUGCAUGCUCUAUCUCUGCUCACCUUUGCUUCGCACCUUGCAUGAACUGGAGGAGCGACAGAUGCACAUUGCAGACAUUGCACCUCACGACGUGACCAGGGAUUUGAUUCUUCUCAAUCAGCAGCGACUGGCAGAGAUGGAGCUCUCUAACCAGCUGGAGAGGAAGAAGGAAGAACUGCGGGUACUGUCGAAGCACCUGGAGGAAGAGAAGAAAAAGACUGAAGCUCUGCUCUACGCCAUGCUUCCUCAGCACGUGGCCAACCAGCUGAAAGAGGGGAAGCGAGUCGAGGCAGGAGAGUUCAAGGAGUGCACUAUAUUGUUCAGCGAUGUUGUGACCUUUACCAACAUUUGUGCCCAAUGUGAGCCUAUUCAGAUAGUUCUCAUGUUAAAUUCAAUGUACCUGCGAUUUGACAGACUGACCACGGUGCAUGAUGUGUACAAGGUGGAGACAAUUGGAGAUGCCUAUAUGGUAGUAGGUGGGGUCCCUGUGCCUGUACCCACUCAUGCUGAGCGAGUUGCUAACUUUGCCUUGGGGAUGAUAAUAGCAGCUAAAGGAGUGCAGAACCCAGUUUCUGGAAAUCCUAUCCAAAUUAGAGUUGGGAUCCAUACCGGUCCUGUCUUGGCUGGAGUUGUUGGAGAAAAGAUGCCUCGUUAUUGCUUGUUUGGAGACACGGUGAAUAUAGCUUCCCGGAUGGAGAGUCACGGUGUCCCGAGUAAAAUUCAUCUAAGCUCCAGUGCCUAUCAAUGCCUAAAAUACAAGAAUUUUGAGAUGACUGGAAGAGGAGAAAUAGAAGUAAAAGGCAAAGGGAAAAUGCACACAUACUUCCUCAUUAGAAAUAAGACUGCAACUGAGAAUGAGAUUAUGGGAAGGCCAAUGAAAGACUUAGAUUCUGGCCAUGAAUCUGUUCAGUCCUUUCAAGAAGUUACUCAGACUCAGCCAGAGAAGGACCAGACCCCAGCCGUUGCAAUGAAGUAUAUUGAUGGCCCCACAGAUGCACAAAACAGCCUCAAAAGAAGAAAUCAAGCGAAAAUUGCGGAUUUAACAGGCAAAACUUAUGAUUCCAAAAGCGAUGGGAGUCUCCGUGGCAACCAGCAGGCAGAUGAUGGUCCUUGUCCUCUAAACCGGGGAAGAGUCAUACCUGCUACUGAAGAGGCACAGAUUAGGAACGUUCGCUCUAAUUUUUGCACUUUACUCUAAGUUUCUUACUUUUUACAUUAAACAGAGCAAUUUUAUUAUGAUUUAGUGCAUUUUGCUGUUGUGGGACUGAUUUUGUAUAUCAAGUACCACAUGAUUUUGUAAAAAAAAAAGAAAAGAAAAAAAAGAAAAAAGACAUUUCAUCACAGUUUUCAGCAAAAAGAAAACAAUGGAGGAUAUUUUUUUUUAAUCAAUCUACGUGUGCCAUAUAGUAUUCCCAGUGGAGAAGGAAACCACCGCGAGAUGCUUUGAAGAUGUAUUUUUCAGCCUCUGCCACGUCUUUGAAUAUCCCUAUGUAAAAAUCACUUCUUGGUAUCUCGCGCAGCAAUGGAGAAAGAGGUGACUCAUCCAGCUAGAAAUACUCCUACUCAAACGAGCACUUGCCAUAAAAGAAACAUUCCCUGAAGUGACCAUCUGUCUUGACUUCAGCACAGCCAACAACUUCCCCGGGUAAGGUCAGCAGAGUUUGAUCUACAUUUUAACUGCGAUGACGGUUUAAUCUCUUAACGGGUCAUUUGUUGGGUAAAGGCAUUGUGCGGUGGAAGUGCAGAAUAGAUCUAAUACAACCUGUGUUUCUCCAUCCUGAAGAGAAAAAAGUCGUGUACUCUGUGGCACCCAACAGUAAAAACAACACCUGCGACCUUUGAACCAGCUGUCCACGCGGUGCUUAGGUGAUCGUAGAAGGACGUGCACAUAGUGAGGUUACGUAGCAUCGAAUUCAUCACAACACUGAGGGACUGCUCAAGGCCUAUGAACUAUUUGAGACCUUCAAACGAGUUGCAAGUUUAUUUCUCAUUUUCUCACCCCAGCUAAACAAAAAGUUUCAGGACUACAGAUGGAGCCUGACCGUGCUGGAAUUAAUGUCAUUAACGUCACUGAAAAUAGCAGCGUUAAAGAUCAACAUCACUUAACCUGGUGUCAGAGGCUCCUCAGCUGAAUUACUUCCAUGCUGAUACAUUCUUAGAUUACGCCUGAUCAGAAAUCGCGGAGAAAAAUUGAAGUUCAGUUGUCAGGGAUUUAAGAUGUAGGAGCAAAAAUGCAAUGGAUGUAAAGCUUGUGGACAAUUUGGCGCAUCAUAAAUUAUGCUCUCACUCGUAUAAACGUAGCUUGGAGUAGGUGGAAUGUGCUUGUACUGGGUGACUUUGACAGGAGAUGCGCCCCGCACGCUGAUUUAUUACCUUUGGGUGUGGAUUUGUUGUCUAAGGAUGCAAGCAUGAGACCCAUUUGAACUUUGAGCAAGAACUCACUGGAGAAGAUGAUAAUGUUACUCCUCUGUUACAGUCUGGAGCAUCACAUUUCCACCUCCGUGGCUGCGGCAAGAGUGAGGGUCUUUAAACACCAGACAGAGAGAGACGCGUUUCACUACCCUUGACUAGUCGUGCUGAUGGAACGGAGAACACGUCGUUUAACAAAUGGCAGUGGUGGACUCCGUCUUUAUCGGCUGUCACUACGGAGAUACAAAGCCACUUAGCCCCAAGCACAAGUGUGACACAGGAGCGUACAUCUCUCAGCGGCCGGUGCUAAUGCAGGAGGGAACCUCUUGCUGUCUCAGCUGCUCUUGCAGUCCCGUACCUGCGUGGCUGAAUACCACUGACCACCUCUCCGAAAGGAAGAAUUUCCAACUGGAAAUCGUCCAACAAGCCUGGCCAUCAGUGAAUAGGGCUUAGUAUAUAUUCCAGGGUUUAAUACAGAUAUAUUCCAGAGUGGUUUUAGGUUUUAGAGCUCCUCUGAACUUGUAUGGAUCCUCUUGGGAAGAAGAAAGAAAAGGACCAUGGCGUAAUAGCUGCCUGCAUCUCUCUGUCCAAAUUUUAACACUCGCUUUGCUUAUAGCUGCCCUUUUUGCACGGAGUAAUCUAUGAAUGUUUAAUAUUGGAAUGUUUUAAUUGCCAGUAAGUGCUCCAUGGUAAGUCACUUUGUGCUGUACUGUGGUAAAACUGAUGUGCUCAGUGGUUUCUCUGUGGCCUCUGCUACAAUCUGGUUCUCCUGGAGGUGCAAAGCUAGGUCAAAUCCGCACAACUGCUUUUAAAAAUUAACGUGCCUGUGCAUCAUCAUGUGUUCUUAAAUCUGUGGGCACUGCUAAAGACUGCAAAAAUAUUAAAAAAUAAAUCUUUCCAUUAAUAUACUGACUGCC